GCGAGAAGUCUUGGAAGUUUGGUCGCAACCUGACACAAUAGAUGACUUGUUUUGUUUACAAGACUAUAAUUUGGAUUGAUCUAAAUAUUUGGUUAGAGUGUCUGUACAUUUUGCAAUAGCCUAACAAAGCAUGAGACAAUGAACUGAUUAAUCGUUUCUGUUUGGGUGUUUACAAGUUGUGGUUGACAUUUUCCCAGCGUUUGAGGAAAUAAUUAUGGAUCGGGAGCAAAAUUUAAUUACAACAUCACAAGGAAAAGAAAACAAGAUGAUGGAAUCAGAGGAGGUGAAGAUUACUCCCCCUGCACGUCUAAAGAAAGCUGGAAAACGCAAUAAGACAGGCGAUAACAUAUCUCUUCCUGCCUGCAGCCAAGGUUCAACGAUCACUAAUGGCGGUACAAGCACCCAAGCUACGGAGAAAUCGCUGAAUCGAGAUGUAAAAGAAAGCAGGGAGCCUUUAAAUGAAGAAAAUUUAUCAGAGAGAGAAGUGACAGAUACUAAAUCACUUGAAACAAAAAAUGGAGUUUUAAAAGACAGCUGUGUGGGUGAAAUUGUCUCGAGCGAUGACGGUUCCAAUGGGACUUGUGUUGUGAAUUCCUUCGCAUGGUCGCAUAAUAUAGCUGUCAGUGAAAAUGAUACCGAAGCUGUGCUGAGUUUAGUUAAAAAUGCAGCGAUUGAAAAAGAUUCAAACCUAAGGAACGAGACUGAAGACGAUAAGAAACUUCCUCUUGGCUUCGAAAAUUCACGAGAAGAAUGCGCAAGUCCUCAAGAUGAAGAAUCUUUUUUCUCAGCCGGUGAGGAGGCGGAAACUAACCAAGAUUUGUCUUUGACAUUGCCUGAAGCUGCGAAAAUUGUGGUAGGACCGUCAACAACGUCAGAAAAUAUCGAUGGCCCUGCUUUAGUAAACGGUGAAAACAGCAACGAAGCAACUACUUUGACCGCAGACCACGAGGAAAUUUGUGAAUUCCAGAAGUCUGACCAGACUAAUCAGAGAUCAAUAUUUCAAGUUGUAGAUGGAUAUUUGGAGAAUAUCUCUAAUGUUAAGGAGCCGUCUCUGCAAACCAUUGAAACCAAAACUUUAUUUGCGGUAAAGGAUGAUGCCAAUGUUUCUGACCUUGUCCCAACUGAUUCCCCUGACAGUGAUCUGCAGGUGGAGACAGAGGUUGGUGCAGCAGAGGAAACAGAACACUCUGUCAGCGAUAGCGAUCAGGAGUGGUCCUCAAGUUCCUACACAAGCUCUGAGGGUGAAUAUGAUGUAGGCUAUGCAGAAGAAGCCCGUGGUAUUCAGGAGGAACAGAGUGCUGAACAAUACAACUACAAUGAUGAAGUAUUCCAUGUAGAAGAAAUCCUGUCAGCUUUCCCAAAUUUUACUCAGAUUGUGAAUGUUACAACAGAUUCUGAGGAUGACAGUAACAAAGGGGACUCAUUGAACGACACCUUCAAAACAGUGGAGGAUUCUACAGGAGAAAAUGAAGCAUCUCCAUUAAACAUUAUGAGUGAUAGUGAGGAAGAUGAUGCUGGAAGACAAAUGCUUUCUCAUUUCCCUCCUUCCGAGUGUCCAGUUAUAGUGGAUAUCACUACAAAUGAUUCAAUUGAUGUUGGAAAUAGCUCAAAACAGUCUCCAAAGGCUGAAGAUGAAGCAUGCAAUGACAAAGGAACUUCAGCAGUAUCCACCAAGGAUGAUAUGGUUAGCACUAGGAAUUCAGAUCAAAGUGAUGAAAAUGUUUUUCUAACAGAUGCCACGAAUUCAAAUUCUACUAUAACUAACCUAAUGGAAGAAUCAUGUGACACAAAAAUUGUUGAUGAUUCGGAGAGUCAACCAGUUGAAAGGACUGGGUCAUUUCCUUUGAUAAGUAAUAAUGGAGUCUUGAAGGUUGCUGAUACUGGACAAACACCAGUGAGUACAGAAAAUGGAAAUGAGGUCAUGUCCCCUGAUAGAAAUGCUGAACAGUCCCAUUCAGAUGAGGCUAGAAAAAAGCUUGGAGAAACAAUAUCUGAGACAUUAGAUCUUGAUAAAGAAUUUUGUAAUGUUUACAAAAAUAUUGAAAAAUUAGAAAUGAUGAGUGAGAAUAAUGUUGAGUCAAGCAAUGAAUUUACAAAUGAAACAAGCAAAGAUGAUUCUGGACAAAAUGGAGAGGAUUCAAAAACCAUGGUCAUUGCUGUUGAUGGCAUGGUGUCCACAGAACAAACUACCCAUUGCAAAAUAAAAUGUGUAGUAACAAAUGAAUCAACCAUGGACGAUUGUGUGGAUGGAAGAAAUGACAAGGAAGUAAAUGAAAGUGAAGAAGGUAUAGAUACUCCUUCUCCUGUAUUGGCUAAAAGACGCCCAAGAAAGUUGAGAAAUCCCAAAGGGUAUUCCUUUGAAACAGAGUCAGGAUUACUUAGUCCAGAAGAUGAUGUUCAUGUAGAAUUGAAGAAAAUUCAAAACAGUGGCUCAUUUAAGAGAGGUGGGUCAUCUGUAUUGGCAUCUGAAUCUGAGGCAGAUGGAAUGUCCCCUGAUGGACAGCAGCAUGAUGAGGUCACACCUUCACCUCCUCCAAGAGUAAUAGCUGCCCAAAGCAAGAAUCUAAGAUAUUCUUUGUCUUUUAAUACUGCAGCUGUUAGACAUCCUCAAAGAGAGGGUGGUAAGCGUCCAAAACGUGGGCGAUCAGAAAGGUCAAUGACACUUCCAAACAAUGUUUUUGAUGUUGCAUCUCGCCUUUUUACGUCCAGUUCCUCAACUGAACCAAUGCAUCAAGACCCUAUAACCCUUAUCACAGAUAACAUGCCGGGCACCUUUCAAGGCUUUCCAAUCAAUCGACGGGCACAGAUAGCCUUGGAGUUAUAUACCACAGAGAGGAGUUACAUCAGAGGACUGGAAACUAUCGUCCAGUUAUUCAUGAAGCCCUGCGAAGAAAACAAAUUGUUGGACAAGAAGGAGAUAAAAACAAUGUUUAGUAAUAUAAAAGAUAUCUUCCAAAUCAACAAAGAUGUCUUGUUUAAUCUUCUUUAUCUAAUCAACCACUGGCAUGACAAAGAGCAGUGUGUAGGGGACAUUUUCACAGAUGAGGUUAUUGAACGAAUGAAGAAGAAAUAUGCGGAUUAUUGUACUAACUACGAUUCUGCAGAGACUCUUUACAAGCAAAAGAUAAAAAAGAAGGAAUUUGAAGCUUUUUUAAAUUCAUGCUACGAACAUCCAGUUUGUCAGCCAGGGCUGAAUCUUCCUGCAUAUCUGAUUACAGUGGUACAAAGAAUUCCAAGAUAUCUUCUUCUUCUGGAGGAUCUUUACAAAAGGACGCCAGAGAAUCACCCAGACCGAAAUAAAUUGAACAAGGCUUUGAGCACAAUGAGAAACACAGCAGCAUUCAUCAACAAUCAGUUACAAACAUCCAUUGGCCAGAAAGCAAUGGUAGAGUUGAGAUCAAGACUUAUAGGUUUGGAGGCAUUUGAAGGUCAAGCUCUAAUCAAAGAGGUUGAUGUGGUCCUAUCAGGCAAGAAGACUCGCAAGUGCUUGUUAUUUGGUGACAUGUUGGUGUUUGCUGUGAAGGGUGUCAGCAAGACUAGUGAAGUGGAGCAAACUCUUGAGCUGGCCACUCUGUGGUGCAUGGAUCUUGAAGGCAACAAUCCACAAUCAGGAAAGGAAGACUCUCUUGAAGUUUACACACCAGAGCAGUCUUACUUUGUAGAAGCUGGAACUAAAACAGAGAAAAAAGAUUGGCUACAGAAGCUCAGGACAAGAAUUGCCAUGGCGUUACAUGGAACAGAAGCAACAGACAAAGAUGAGAUUGAGACACGCAAAGGUACUUUCACCUACAAGGAUGGACGACACUUUUGUGGUAAUUUUGUUUCAGGAAAAAGGAGUGGUGAAGGCACACUUUCUUGGCCAAAUCAAGCCAGAUAUCAGGGUAACUGGGAGGAUGAUGAUCGCAAUGGAUGGGGAGAGUUGACAUACAAUAGUGGAGACAAAUACAGAGGAGAUUGGCUGGAUGAUAAACAGCAUGGCGAAGGAGUAAUGGAAUAUACAAAUGGUGACCUCUACAGAGGACAGUGGUACGAGGGUGACAUGCAUGGCCAGGGUACCAUUACCUUCAAAAAUGGAGAUGAGUUCUCUGGGAAGUUUUUUCACAAUGAAAUCGAGGGGUAUGGAGAAUUGUGUUGUUUCAGUGGAUUGACUUACAAAGGGGACUGGACACGGAGCAAGAAACAUGGUAAAGGGUGGAUGCAGUUUCCCAAUGGUGACGUUUACAAUGGUCAGUUUGCUAAUGAUCGGAUCAGUGGACACGGAGAGAUGCAUUAUGUUGAUGGCUCUGUGUACAAAGGACAGUGGAUGGAAGAUCAGCGGGGAGGGAACGGUGACUACAGAAGGGCUGAUGGAACUCAUUACGUUGGAGGAUGGAGUGGAGAUCAUAUCACGGGCAAAGGAUACAUGAAGUACGCCAAUGGUGACUGUUACGACGGAAACUGGUUUAAAAACACGCGGUUUGGUCAGGGAGUUAUGAAGUACAGCAAUGGUGAUGUUUACGAGGGAGUGUUUGAAUAUGACUUGCGCAGUAAGACGGGAAGGAUGACGUACAAGGACGGAUCAGUGUAUGACGGCUGUUGGAACAAUGGGCUGCACCACGGAAAAGGUAAAAUGACAUACAGCGACAAGAAGAGUGUGUAUGAAGGAGAAUGGAUGUUAGGUAUGAGACAUGGUGAGGGAAGAUUGAAAUAUUCCAACGGAGCUAGUUACACUGGUCACUGGGAGUUUGACAAGCGAAACGGACGUGGAAUGUAUACAGACCCUUCUUCUGGCUAUCGUUAUGAAGGGGAGUGGAAGAAUGGACACAAACACGGCAAAGGUGUCGAACAGACUCCUGAGGGAGUAUACGAAGGCGAAUGGAAAGAUAAUAUGCGCCAUGGCCAAGGGCGGGAAAUAUCGGUUUGUGAAACGGAAUUUGAAGGAAAAUGGAAGGAAAAUAGAAAACAUGGAACAGGCACUAAAAAACUGAAAAAUGGGCGAGUGGAAGGGCAGGUCUGGGAAGAGGGCAAACAUGUGGAUAUAUCGAGUAUUGACGUAAUAGAACUGCCCCUCAUCCAGAGGAGAUGAUAAUAAUUUAUGUUACCAUCCCGAAAUUUGAAACUACAAUUCCAAGGAUUAAGAGUUUUCUAGCGAAGAGAUCAAAGGAAUAAUGAGAUUUUUCCUUUACCCCUGCUUGACCAGGUGUAGAUGUUGCUCUCCCCUGCCCCGUUCGAUAAAAGACCUACUUCAGUUUAGCAAGGUAUUUUUUUAGGGAGGGGGGGGUUUCCUAUACUGCUUAUCUACCAACGUUUGUUGAACCUCUUUUUUUCGCUUACUACAAUGUAUGAGGUAGUACUAGGAGUGAUAGGACAAUAAGCUGCAGAAAUUUGAGUUUUUUUUAAAUGUUUUAUUUUUAUUAAUUCAACUUAUAUUUAAGGAUAGAUCGUCACAUAAGACUUAGGAAUAAUACUGUUUUGUACAAAACGGUAACUUUUACUUGCUGUUAGUAUUUGCUACUUGCUACAGUAUUUAAAGGAAAAUGAAAGUUUUUUCGUAUGCAAUUUGGGGUAGAAUAGCAAUCAACAGAUUUAAAAGAUUGAGUGGAGAAGAAAGUAUUGAGUUAAACUAAGGUUAACAUUUUGAGAUGUUCGUCAGAAAGAAAUAAGUUAAAAAUUGGAGAUUAGUCAAAUACAUUGAUGGAAAUAACCAUAAUGAUGAUAAAAAGCCGGGUUUUUUUUUUCUGUAGUAGUGAGGGAAGGAAACACAUUAUUAUUAAGUUCCGCAUUUUUUAUUUGAAACUUUUCCCUUAAACUAUGGAUAAAAAUGGUUAUUAUUAGACUGUGAAGCGCGAACAACUUGAAUUAAGCACUUUCAUCUAAUUUUUUAAACCAGGAACCAUGUAACGUGUGUUUGACGUUAUUUUUAAGUGAAACCUUACAUGAAGCAGCACUCUAUUGCACUCUCACCCUAAGUAGUUGUGUCUUUGUAAACCGAUGACAUAUUUUCUCUAUUUUUUGAUUUGUGUCAUAGAUGCUUUGAUUAUCUAAGAAAUCCAAAUAUUUUUAUUAUGACAGGCAUUAGAAGUUCUUAACUUGGAAGGUUUUCGAAUCAAUACAAACGUAGGCUCACAGAGUAAAGAGCUAUGUAUAAUUUAACUGAUCUUGGUCUGGAACACCUAUCAAAAAAGCUUAGUACGGGUUAUUGUAGUUUUUGUUGCGCAAAAAACCUUAACAAUAGAAAGCUCGUGCAGCAUGUUCAGCCAAUCAGAGAACAUGAUACACUAUAAACCAAUCCUAUUCACGUGAAAACAUCUGUCAUAGUAUUAUCUCGUUCUCUCAGGAGUACCGAGUACUUUCCCUUCCAUCAGUGUUUUCGGGAGUUACGUGACCUUGAGGUGUUCCAGGCUAAUUAGAAAUGCAAAUUAUUUAGGAUUUUUAAAGGAGUUAUUGAAAGACUAAUUCAAAUGAUGGAAAUAUCGAGUGGGUGAAUUUUGCAGUUCCAAGAUAUAUUAAACGAUGGGUUAUUCAUUUAAGAAAAUAUAUAAAAAUAUGUUUACAGCGAAGGCACGAAUUUUAGUUUACAGUAUCCCCUUUUUUUACCCAAGUCACUUAGACAAAAUGAACAAAUCACAUUAUAGGAAAGGAACAGUGAUUCCAACCAAUUCAGUUUGACCAAUUAGUGCAGAGGACCAACGCAAACAGAGACGACAAUGAAUUUAUAUAAAGUUUUAUUGCGCGUGUCCUUUAGUCGGAUUGUUUACUUUAGCGAAGGGACCCUGUUAACCUAUGUAGACGUGUAGUUCUUCGUUGGGAAUUUGAGACCAAUUGGUUUCUUUUCCUUGAGGAGGAAAGAAGGAAAACAGAUCACAGAAAAUUUUCACCUGUUACUAUUGUUGUAAAUGAGCUUCUUGAUUGAGUCAAUAAUUGUAGACUUUGACGAUGAAAGCUAAUCGAAAUUCUAUUAACUGUAAAUUGUAAUUAAAAUAAAUGUCUAUGCUAUAGGCCGAGGUAGUUUGUGCUGGCACAAAGUAAAUUUAGCAAAAUAAAUAAUAUGGAUGCAAAAUGUAGUUUGGAGAAGGUGGAAAAAUAAAAUAGCUUUUUGCAA